UGAUCUAUCAGCCCACUCCAUUAAUAUUUUCGUCCGAGCUUAUACGAUUACUAGCGAACCUAACUCAAACUUUAACUGAGUCGGGUUAGCCCGGUGGACCACUCCACUCGCUUAAUUUCAGUUCGCCUCUGCUCGACUCUUUCCGCCGUCUCGAUCUCAGUCCUUCAUAACAUGUCUUGGCAAGCAUACGUAGACACCAAUCUCGUCGGCACCGGGAGAGUGAAUAAGGCCGCCAUCUUGGGAAAAGCUGGAGGUGUAUGGGCUACAUCUCCAGGAUUCAAGAUUUCGCCUGAAGAGCAGAAGGCAAUCACUGCUGCUUUCACGAACAAAGCUGCAGUUGCGACUUCUGGUUUCCGCGUCGCUGACCAGAAAUACUUCUUCCUAUCGUCGGAUACCUACGGAGAUGAUCCGAACCUGGUUGUGGUUCAGGGCAAGAAAGGAGGUGACGGUGCUGUACUAGCGCAAACGAAGCAAGCUAUCCUUGUCGUUACAUACAUUUUUCCUCAGACAGCUCAAGAUGUAGGCAUUCUAGUCACCGGUCUUGGAUCAUACCUCGCUAGUCUGCAAUACUAGGGUUCAAUAGGAGAUGAUCGCAGGGGAUAAAGAAGAUCAAAGGUGUGCUAUCAUGUAAUCGUACAGUUCAUAGAUCCAAUGUCUCCACUGGAACUAUUUCAAAGUUCAA